AUGUUCGAGCUGUGUGCUUGUUCCAGACAGCUUCGAUUGCGGUCCCACCACCACCACCUUCAGCCGCCUCAACAUCUAUCCCUUCCAACCUGCAUACCACUGCAACACCUGUCCCAUCCUCUUCACAACGUGACGAACCCACCCGACCUCGUGCAACGACUCCCCUUCGGUGGCGUGCUCGGGCCCAUCCAUCACGCCCCACAACGGCCAUUAGUUGACCUUGCCUCGCUCGCCUCCUCGGCACUAAAUAUUCUGUAUGCUCCGCACCUCGCAAUUCCAUCACUGACCCAGGCCGACGAGCAGUGUGACACCGCACGGCCCACCUGCUCCCAGUGUCAGCGGGCCCGAUUCUCCUGUCCUGGAUACCGCGAUCCACAGCAGCUGCAGUUUCGCGACGAGAGCCUGGCUGUCCGGGCGCGAGUUCAUGCAGAGAAUCAAGAGUUACAUUCCAGAGCAACGACGGUGAAUAAUACAUGUACUGUAUCGCCACGCUCGAUCCCGUCGCCCCUAGCGGAAUCAUCCAUCCGCGAUGAAUCGGUUUGCUUUUUCUUUCGCUACUAUGUUCUCAAUGACCUCUACGAUAUUCCGAUUCACCCCAGCGUCUCACAGAUGGCCGAUCUGGCCGCCGUCAGCCCGGCUGUCUCGGGGGCCCUCGCGGCGGUGGGACUGGCGAGUUUGUCUAACAUCAGAAAAUCUGCGGGGUUAAUGAUCACUGCCAAUAAAGUUUACACAGAGGCUCUAAGGCUGACAGGGACUGCGUUGCAUAAUCCAACAAGCGAUGCUACUCUUGCGGCGGUGUUGCUUCUGAAUAUGUUUGAGGUAUGCUUCCGUCCAUCCCCCGCCCCCUUGUUUGGGUCAAUGUUAAUAGCUGCAGGUUUUGACAUGCCGAGUUAG